AUGGAACUGCAAGGCCGAGCCCAGGCAGUUCGAUCGAAGCCAGUUGCCGCCUCCAGCUCGAAUCCGCCGUACAGGUCCAAGACGACGGAUGCCUCUCUGUCGGAAGCGUCCAGUGGGGACGCGGCCGUGGUGAGCACAAACAAGAGGCAUCUUGUCGACGGCAGCACUGCUCGCUAUCCCCGGAAGCGCGGGGCGACUGCAUGCCAUCUCUGCCGGGUUCGCAAGACAAAGUGCGACAAUGCCCGUCCGGCCUGCGGGUCGUGCGUCCAGCACAAGGCCAAGUGCGUCUACGGCAGCUCGUCGGAGGCAAACCUACCAUUUGAUGCUGCCAGCGAGGAGAUUUUGAGUCGUCUGAGUGCAAUACAGUCACUUCUUUCACAGACCAGCAACCCGGUGUCUCCGAUCACGAUUGGUGAUGGUAGUGCCACUACUUAUGACCAACCAUGGCCCGCCCCUGAUAUACAUCAAGGCUUCACUGUCAAAACAUCAUCGGCGCCGGCACUGGUGGGUGAUACAUCACGGGCGCAGGGAUAUUCUGCGACGGCCUUAUCAGCAACGCGAUGCGAGACGUUACUGCAUUGGCCAGUAUUUGAAGACGUGCUUUCUGCCAGGGACUCAAGGACCGAGUCGUUCCUCCUCGAUUGGAUCUCGGACCAAGAUGAGCUGCCCAAUCUUCACGAAUCGGGGCAUCAACCAUCCUCAACGUCUGAAGCGCGGAAUGCCUCAGAGACAAGGCAGCACCAGGUUCAUGCGGCUGAUUAUGUGAGUCUGUGCCACAGAUUCCUCUCCACGAUACACAGGAGGAAUCCAAUUCUCGAUGGCGAUGGGUUGAUGGAAUCUGCUCAUAAUGUCAUGACACACGGGCUGGGAUGGGAUACGAGAUCCUGUCUAGUGCUCCUCGCUUCUGCUUUAGCACACUGUGGCCUGUCCCGUCCAUUCGAAGGGAGAGCACCAUCUGAUCAAGUUGAAUUGACCUCUGAGGGCAUAGAAAAGAACUUGAUAGCGGAGGCGUUUUACACAGAGGCAAAGAAGAGGAUUGGUUUCUUAAGAUCCUCAAUCAUUGAUAUCCAAUGCUUGUUCCUCGCCUCCAUGUACGAAAAGGUCACACUGAAUAUUAUGAAGGCAUGGGACUACAUAAAAGAUGCCUGUUCCCGUCUGCAGACCUACCUGGCACGUCGUCGCCGGAUGACACAUAAGCAACGCCCCGAUCAUCUGGAGCCACGAAUAUUUUGGUCGUGUAUGAAAGCAGAAAGCGACCUAGUAGGAGAACUCCCGCUGCAGUCGAGUGGUAUUGAGAACUUCAAGUAUCCUUAUCUGUUCCCAACUCCGCCGUCUAGCACUGCCAAGACCUCAGACCCACGUUCGUCAUACAGUGGUUUGGUUGACUCAAAAGGAGGCAAAAAUCAAAGAAUAGUGAAUGAGGAAGAGAGUUGGUUCUUCUAUACUGCAGAUAUAUCUUUCAGACGGAUUCUGAACCAACAUCUCAAAGUGCUCUACGCUGGGGCUGAGGCCGGGUGGAUGGAGGAUAUAAACCUUGCUUUCGUCCAAUUUACGGAAUGCGAAAAGCAAAUUGAAGUCUGGUAUCGCCAUCUCCCACCCGUAAUACAAAGUGGUUUCGAAGGGCAACCAGAUAAUGAGCUCUCGCUGUUUCUCAAAGGCCGCUUCCAGGGUUGGCGUGAGCUGAUCCGUCGACCUUUCUUCUACUACGCACUUCACCACAGUUUCGGCGAACCCGCAGACCCGCGGGUGAUAACGCUGGCCACGGAAGGCCUUCACAUCUGCGCAAGUCUGAUCCAUCACUACUUCCCGCAGAGCCGCCACGGCGGGACGUGGUUCAUCGCGCGGAGGACUUUUACCUGCUCGCUCUUGAUUCUGGCAUCCGUCUUCGCCAAUCGAAAGGAUGUGCAGCCACCGGAAGACUGGCCCGCCACACUGCAGGUGGCCAUCGAUUUCUUAAAGAGGUGGGAGACUGAAGCAAGUGACAUUGCAAGAAUGCGCGCUAUACUUUGUAAACUUGUUGAUGAGGCAUGCCGAAAAUCAGGAACAAGGGCAACAGGAAGGUGA